GGUUAAUUUAAGGUCAUGGUUCAUUUACAAUGUUAAUGGUCAUGUGAUGACAAAAUGGCGGCUCUUAUGUUUACAGUUACUCCCAGUAUACAAAAAGCAGUUUCUUUGAUAAACAACAUCGAAAAAUCAAAAAUAUCUUUGCUGUUAACAAGAAUUCUGUCAAAGCUUUACAUUGUGGAGAGUCGACCAUUUACUGAUGAGGAAGAAGAAAAGCUGCAAGGGGCGUUGGGAGUUUCCUCUGAGGAAUUGGAACUCGUUUUGCAAACAUUAGAAUUUUUUGUCCAGCAAGCAGCUUAUCAUUCUGCGAAGCCACAAGUUUUAUCGUCUCAGUUAAAAGAACUUCAAAUUGAUGAUGAUAAAGUUGAGUGUAUUGCCGAAGUUUGGACAAAUGGUGCUUACGGUGUGAUUAAUAGAUUGAAGAGUAAAGGACUGGCAUGUAAAAAGUUAGAAGAUAUUAAUUGGAGAUUGAAUCUUCAACUAGCUCAGUCAACCAAAGUCAAACUGAAAGCACCAAAUACGUUAUUAGAAUUGGCAUUGAAAAGUGAUGAUGAUGAAUCAAAAGAAAGAAUUCGCUUAGACUUUUCCCAUGAGGAACUUUAUCAAUUUUACAAACAGUUAGAAACUAUUCAACAACAGCUCGACACACUCUUUAAAUAAUGGGAUAUAUAUUUUCAAUCACAACUCGGCUAAAGUUAAAACUGAUUUAUGGGACAAAUUGAUGUUCCUAUGUUGCUAAUUCUUGACGCAUUAUAAGAACUGAGGAAAUCAUGUGUGGUGGAUCCUGACCAAUGUUUUAAUCAUUAGAGUACAUAAAUAAUGGCAAAGCCUGCAUUACUUGGCAAUACAAUACCAAGGUUUAUCAAUUAUUCUAGUUAACUUGACAAUUAAUGCAUGGUUAACAAAGUAAUUAAAGAAUGUUUUUCAAUAUAUUUAUAUCUUAUUCUUAAACAAUCAGAUUAAAUUACAGAUCUAUA